GUGACACACCGCCAAGCAGGUGUGAUGUUGUCGUUUCCUGUUUUGCGUCGUACUAAAACAGAUAAGCUCCAACCUCACUUAAAGUAAUGUUUAGAUCUCCAAGAGUGAAAUACUGUGUAUUAAUGGUCAAACUGCAUCAAAGAAACAGUACCACACAUCGUCCUCCGAGGUUGAAGGACUUAACUACAGCUUCUCUCAUAUCCUGAGCGACCAUCAAGGUUGUUCAAGCUAAACAGUAAAACGCCUGGCAGCUUGAGACUGGGUACGAGACCGUUGGAGGCGUAUAUAUCGAGAUUAAAAGAACUCCAUAUCGCUUCUGUCCAGCACUGAUCCAAUAACAUGAACAACUCAAGCUUUACUCAUCCACAGACGUUCUCCAAACAGUUCCAAAUCGGAACAUCUAUGUUCACCGUUUUGAUGAUCGUGGCGACAAUCUUUGGCAACUCUCUCGUGAUCGCAGCCUUUGUUACAUUCGUUCGCCUUCGCACUGCUACGAACUACUUCGUAGUGUCUCUUGCCGCAACAGACUUGUGCGUGGCGCUUUUCUCUAUGCCUAUAUACGUAGCGUAUUUAGUAACUGGUCCUUCGUGGAAGCUGGGGUACAUCUUAAAACGUGUGUGGACUAUUAUGGACGUUCUGUCAGGGACUGCGUCUAUUGCGAACCUCGUAGCUAUCAGCUUGGAUCGAUGUAUGUGCAUAGAUAAACCUCUUAUGUACUACCAGUACAUAACAUCUGUGAGGGUACAGACUACUAUUGCUAUCAUCUGGUUAUACUCCAUUGCCAUGUCCAUCACAAGCUACUUCAUGUGGGAGUAUAGAAUAUUCAACUUCGUUGCUUCGAUCAUGUACUUUUGGGUACCACUGCUGAUCAUAAUUUCUGCAUACUCCGUUGUCUUUAGAGUGGCUUUACAUCAAGUCAGAAGAAUUAGCAUAGCAAGUAAUAUUGAACAAUCCUUUAGGAAAUCUUUGAAUUCAAAAUACAGUUUCGUGAGAGAAUUCAAAGCUGCCAAGACUCUUGCAGUUGUAGUAGGAGCAUUCAUCGUUUGCUGGUUGCCUUUUGUUAUAAUCAACGCCAUCUACACGUUCUGUGAGAAUGACAGCUGUCCACCGAUUAACGUUAAACACAUCUUAAUCACCAAAUGGAUGCAUUACGGCAAUUCCAUGCUCAACCCUCCUAUAUACGGAUUCAUGAACAAAGACUUCAGAGUUGCUUUCAAGCACUUGUUGUGUUGUAAGCAAAUCGCUUAUCGCGGGGAGCAAUUCACCGAGAACGCUAACGGAAAAGCAAGAAUUUCGCCACAAGUAAUCGAAAUGGAAAACGAAAACCGAAUAUCUGGCAGCAAUAAGGCAUAACAUAUAAAUGAAUGAAAUAAAUAGACUUUAUUUAACGAGGGUGACAUACAUUACUUGUAGUCCAGUAGUUUCCAUUAUGGCCCUCCUACCAAAUGAUCAAAGAAACAUAAAGUGUUUUAAGAAUCCGGCCAACUGGCAAAGAGGCAAACUAGUUGGCUAUUUACAAGCAUGGUCGAGAAACUAAAUAUGAUCUAAUCAGGAAUCGGGACAAAUACAGUCUCAGCUAGUGGGCACAGCGGGACUCGAACCAAUAUAUUAGAUGCUUUCUUGCUUGGCUCGAUGUUUUCAACACCGAUAUUGAAACAUGCGCUGAACAUAAAGAAUUCAUUCGACGAAACAGACCGGAUCCAUUACUCACUUUGUAUAAAUAAAGAUGUGUUGGCUUUGAUUCCAAUAACCGCUUUUAGAUUAGUGUUCGAUUCUGUUAUCCUCAGUAACUUUUAUCUGAUUUAUCGGAACAUUACUUUGUAAUACUGUCUAGAUUAAGUAGGAACAAAAAUACAGAUUUUCGCGGCCGCCAURUUGGAUGAAUUUAACAAAAUAUUUGUCAUUAGUUUCUUUGGAAAUAAUCUCCAACAUGGUCACCAUGUAGCUUGUAU